AUGACUACUCGAAGAAGACGAGGGAAUUCUGAUUCAGAUCAAACGUUUACAAAUAAUUAUACCACUCAGGAGUCUUCUGUUGUUUAUUCAAGAGAAAAAGAAACGGGCAAAAUAAUGCCACGAGACCGCACUGCUGAAUUCAAUAGUGCAGUCAGAUCCCUUCAAGGUCGACAAAUAGCAAGAGCUGUGCAAGUUCGAGAUGUAAAAAAAGUAAAAGCUCUUCAGAGCUAUGGAGAGUUUAUGAUGAUAGCCAAAAGUGUUGGUUUCAACAUUAGUAAUACAUAUGCAAAAUUAGAAAAAUUGACGUUACUUGCCAAACGGAAAUCGUUAUUUAAUGAUAGACCUCAAGAAAUUCAAGAGUUGACAUAUAUUAUUAAAGAGGAUUUGAAUAGCUUAAAUCAACAAAUUGCAAAAUUACAAGAUGUUGCUAAACUGCAAAAAGCUACUCAGAAUAAUGUUGGACGAAAACAUUUGUUGUCUCAUGAGUCUAGUGUUGUAUUAUCACUACAAUCAAAAUUGGCAAAUAUAUCAAAUGAAUUUAAACUAGUUCUUGAAAUUAGAACAAAAAAUUUAAAACAUGCCAAAACAAGAAGAGAUCAAUUUUCUCAAGGAAAUAAUUUAGCUGCAUUAUCAGAUUCAUCAUCCCUAGUUCCAAGACACAAUUCUCUUCUAAUGUCUAGUAAUCAAUGUGCUAUCAACAUGGAUAAUAAUGCUGAUCAAGAUCGACUACAGCAAGUCACACAACAGACACAAGCAUUGGCGGUCUAUGAUAAUACUGAUCAAUAUUUGUAUAGUAGAGCAGAAACCAUGCAAAAUAUUGAAUCAACUAUUGUAGAAUUGGGUGGAAUAUUUCAACAACUUGCACAUAUGGUUAAAGAACAAGAAGAAAUGGUUGAGAGAAUCGAUUCCAAUGUUCAAGAUGCUGAACUGAGUAUUGAAGCAGCUCAUACUCAAAUUUUACGUUACUUUCAAUCAGUUACUUCUAAUCGAUGGUUAAUGAUAAAAAUAUUUGGUAUUUUAAUAUUUUUUUUUAUAUUUUUUGUUGUAUUUGUUUCUUAA